AUUUGCAUGUGCUGUGUACUGUGGGAGACCAGAUAUAGUUAAUGCAUGGCAGUGGCGACCAGGGGCAGACUGACCAUUUGGAAACUCGGGCACUGCACGAGGGCCUGGAGUCAGUAGGGGGCCCCAUGAAAUGCCCCUGGUACCUUUUUCAUAGGCUUUUUUGAGUUUGGGCAAGGACACAGGGGCCCCAUGAUCCCCUAUUGCCCGGGGGCCCCAUGAGUUGUCAGUCCGCCCCUGGUGGCGUCCCUAGGCAGGUGCGGGGGUUGCGCUCCGCACCGGAUGACACCUAUUGCAGGGUAGGGGGCCCCAUGAGAUGCCCCUGGUACCUUUUUCAUAGGCUUUUUUUGAGUUUGGGCAAGGACACAGGGGCCCCAUGAUCCCCUAUUGCCUGGGGGCCCCAU